CCCCGAAGCAUUUAGCUCAAAAAGCACCAAGCCACUGCCUUUUCUUUAGUGGCACUUGCGCCUCUGUAUGCGUGUGGGGUGUGUGCGUGGAGUCCUCUUGCAAUUGAAAUAACCUGGAAAAGAUGUGGAGUAGCCUGUGCAAACCUUGCACGUCCCUGGCUCUGCUUGGACUCUGUUUUGCAAUGGUCGUCAGAUCUCUGCCUUUCUCUGAUGCAGGGCCACAUGUGAACUAUGGCUGGGGGGAACCUAUUAGAUUAAGGCACCUAUACACAGCCAGCAAACAUGGUCUGUUCAGUUACUUCCUGAGGAUCAACAGUGAUGGCAAAGUGGAUGGCACCAGCAUUCAGAGUCCCCACAGUCUGCUGGAAAUCAGGGCUGUGGCAGUUCGCACGGUGGCGAUCAAGGGCGUCCACAGUUCCCGGUACCUCUGCAUGGAAGAAGACGGGAAGCUGCAUGGACUUCUCAGGUAUUCUACAGAAGAUUGCUCCUUUGAAGAGGAGAUACGCCCAGACGGCUACAAUGUAUAUAAAUCAAAGAAAUAUGGAGUCUCUGUGUCUUUAAGUAGUGCCAAACAAAGACAACAAUUCAAAGGGAAAGACUUUCUUCCAUUGUCUCACUUCUUACCUAUGAUCAACACCGUGCCUGUAGAGUCAAUGGAUUUUGUGGAAUAUGGUGAUUAUAGUCAUACUUUUGAAUCAGAUCUAUUCUCUUCACCUCUUGAAACUGACAGCAUGGACCCCUUUGGAAUCACCUCUAAAAUAUCUCCAGUGAAGAGCCCCAGCUUUCAGAAAUAACUAAUGCUCCUGACUUUAAAUAUGGUUUUAAAGAAACAUUACCAGAACCAGGAUAUUAUUUAGCUUUUCCAGUAGU